AUGCUCCAGACUGGUCCCCUUCAUGGAAAACCACCAAUGUAUCAUGGGUGGAGUGUGAAGAUAGACAAGGUCCACUCUCCGCCCUUCGACACUUUCGGGGAAGUGAUCGACUUUCUUCGCCAAAUUUCCGUAGGUUUGCGAUUCAUGCACAAACAUCACGUCGCUCAUCGUGAUUGCUUGAAUCUAAACAUCAUGAUGGAUGCAACACCUCUAUUUGUCGACCCGUAUCACCCUCAAGAUCUUGAAAUGAAACGCGAUUACACGGGGCGGCGUCCGCCAAAAUAUCUAUUUGUCGAUUUUGGUAUAUCACGCCGCUAUGGUCCUAAUGAUAUAGCUCCUCUGGAAGAUCCAAUAUGGGGAGGCGAUAAAACAGUUCCCGAAUUCCAGCAGUCGAACGAGCCCCGCAAUCCAUUCCCAACAGACGUAUACUAUCUGGGAAAUAUGAUCAGGAACUCAUUUUUGGUGGCCAGAACAGGUUUUGAGUUCGUGGAACCGCUGGUGAAAGACAUGGUACAGGAUGACCCAGAAAAGCGGCCCAACAUGGAUGAAGUCAUUCUACGGUUUGAGGGGAUCAUCAAGCAACUAAGCAGCUGGAAAUUGCGAUCACGCGUCAUUAACGAGCACGAUGACAACAUUUUGGGUUUUUAUCGUUGUGUCACUCAUUGGGCCCGCCGCUUCAGCUUGGUUAUCAGGAGGGUGUCUGCCAUACCAACACCUUGA